AUGUCAGAAACACUGCAUUUCCUUGCAAAACACCUUUCCGUAUCAGAGGCGAGCUUGCCUUUGAUUUUCGUUAGAUCUUGGACAUCAGGAUUAUUAUUACCACGUAAUCGUAUUUUUAGUGAAAGUAAAGGUAGUCAAAGGUUUCGUUGGAACAGCUAA